AUGAACGCGAUAAAGAAACGCUUGCAAAUGCUGAAGAUCGAGAAGGAUCUGGCGAUGGACAAGGCUGAUCUAUGCGAUCAGCAAGCAAAGGAGGCGAAUCGACGAGAAGAAAAGUUGAGGGAUGAGGUUCGGGAACUUGCAAAGAAAUUGGUGCAGAUGGAACGCGACUUGGAAUUGAGCAAAGCCCAAUUGGAAAAGUCGAAUAGAGACCUCGAGCAGAAAGAAAGAGUUUAUAUUGUGACGCAAUCCGAGUUGGCAGUUUUGAACAGAAAGAUGCAGCAAUGCUUGCAGAAUUUGGAGAAAUCGGAAGAACGUCGUUUAACGGCACAAGCUAAACUGGCACAAGCGAUGGAAACCGCGGAGGAUGCGAAACGUAUCUGCAAAGUUUUGGAGAAUAGAAGCAAACAGGAUGAAGAAAGAAUGGAUCAACUGAUGACUCAGCUAAAAGAGGCGAGGCUAAUUGCUGAAGAUGCUGAUACAAAAUCGGACGAGAUCUCGAGGAAAUUGGCUUUUGUGGAGGAUGAAUUGGAAGCGGCUGAAGAGAGAGUAAAAUCGAGCGAGGCAAAAAUAAUGGAACGAGAGGACGAAUUAUUCAUUGUUGGUAAUAUAUUGAAAUCUUUAGAAGUAUCCGAAGAAAAGGCUAAUCAAAGGGUAGAGGAAUUUAAAACACAGUUGAAGGACUUGAAAGUGAAACUGAAAACUGCUGAAAAGAGAGCCAUCAUUGCGGAAAAGAUGGUAAAAAUGUUCUCGAAAGAAUUGGAUGCGAGAGAAGACUUUCUAUUUAGAGAGAAAGAAAAGUACAAAUAUAUCUGCGACGACAUGGACUCCACGUUCGCCGAACUCACCGGAUAUUAACUUUUGUAAUAUCAAACUCUGCUAUUU